GGUCAAGAAUCGAUGGCCGCUGAAGACACGGAUUUACCACUGCGUGAAAGAUUAACUGUUACCGCUUUGUAGAACGAACUAAUACUACCGGCAAAAGUGCUUAAUUUUUCAAAUGAAAUCUGAACGCUUUCCCGCCUACACUACAGCAACAAUUAUAAUAACGUUUCGUCCGUUUUCCUGGGACUCAGUCGACACUCUGGCUAGCAGCCUUUAGCUGGCUAGCUGCUGCAUUGUUAUUGUUUUCGCUUCAUUUGGUGGCCAUAUAAACACCAUUCCCCGAGCUUCCCCAGCCGAGGCAGGGGUCCGGACUGCCUGAGUGAUGUUUUUCUGUCCGUCCCGGGAAGAUGGAUGUGAAGUCCAGCAGCAGCAGCCACAACCGGCUCCUGAUCGUCCUGCUCAUGGUGUUGCUCUUUGGUGUCAUUAUGAUCCAGUAUGUUUGCCCGAGCAGGUCUGAGUGCCAGAUGCUACACCAGCUGGGAUCUUGGUUUAAGGACGGCGGUGCAACUGGUACCCGGACCAGGGGCAAUGAAAUCCCAGACGGCCUCCAAAGAGACCCGUACAUCGCAGAGGACGGCGCUCUGGUCCGCUUUGUCCCUCGCUUCAACUUCACCAGAGCCGACUUAAAUCGUGUUGUGGACUUCAACAUCAAAGGAGAUGAUGUUAUAGUUUUUCUGCACAUUCAAAAAACGGGUGGCACGACGUUUGGUCGACAUUUGGUACGGAAUAUUCAGCUGGAGAGGCCCUGCGAGUGUCACGCAGGUCAGAAGAAAUGUACCUGUUACCGGCCAGGUAAAAAAGAAACCUGGCUCUUUUCCCGUUUCUCCACCGGCUGGAGCUGCGGGCUUCAUGCGGACUGGACUGAGCUGACCAGCUGCGUCCCGUCACGUAUGGACUCACGAGAGGUUCCCGAGAACCUGCCCAGGAACUAUUACUAUAUAACCAUCUUAAGAGACCCAGUAUCACGCUACCUAAGCGAGUGGCGACAUGUGCAACGUGGUGCUACAUGGAAGGCCUCCUUACAUGUGUGUGAUGGACGUUCACCAACGCUGUCUGAGCUGCCAAACUGCUACUCGGGAGAUGACUGGUCAGGUUGCUCCCUGCUGGAGUUCAUGGACUGCCCCUACAAUCUGGCCAACAACCGGCAGACCCGCAUGCUCGCUGAUCUCAGCCUGGUGGGUUGCUACAAUGUCUCUGCCAUGAGUGAGGAAGAACGCUGGGCAGUACUCCUGGAGAGCGCCAAGCGUAACCUACGUGGCAUGGCCUUCUUCGGACUGACUGAAUACCAGCGUAAGACCCAGUACCUGUUUGAGCGUACCUUUAACUUGGAGUUCAUUGCACCCUUCACACAGCUCAAUGGCACACGCGCCUCCAGCGUUGAGGUCCCUCCAGAGACGCAGCACAGAAUCCUCCAGCUAAACCGAUGGGACGUAGAGCUGUAUGAGUAUGCCCGUGACCUUUUCCUGCAGCGUUUCCAGGUGGCGAGGCAGCAGGAGCGCAGGCAGGCCAGGGAGAGGCGGCAGCAGGAGAGGAGGCGGCUCCGUGGAAGGCUCACCACAAAGCAAGGGAGGCAGCUGAAGCCCACAGAAACACCCAGUCAACCUGACAGACAUUUGGUAGUAGCUGAGGAGCAGCACAAGGGGAAGGCUGGUGGAGACAGUGUGGAGUCAGAAAUGCUACUCCCAGACUGGUGGGAUCUGGACGAGAAUGGCACCAUGGAGGAUUACGUUGACAAUGUGGAACAGUGGUAGUGAUCGGAAGAAGAAGUAGGGUGUCUUAAUAAUAAGUGUGCCAAGUUCUGCCUUGUCUGUUGUUAGUUAAUCAAAGGGUUUUUUUUUAAAUUAACUAAAGUUGUUUUCAUUUAUAUGCCUUCCACUAAAUUUUCUUUUUUCUUACCGUGAACUAUUUUCAAUGACACACAUUUAUUUAUUGAUACUGAUACUGUAUUUCUUUGCCAUAACUGACAUCUGUAAUGGAUACAUUUCAUUGACAGGAGAGGCUGGUCAAUGUACCUACAAACCUUUACCUUUUAGUGACACAAGCCUCUGAGACUGUUCUCCUGGCCAUUAAAUACAUCUGAACUCUUGUAAUGUAGCUUGGAAUGAGGCUAUGUUUAUUUUUUCUUUGUUAAAAAGAACAAUGUAGUACUUGUUUCUAUACAUAAUAUGUUACUGUUUGUGAGCUACAAUCUAUAUGUUUGCCAAAUUGCUGUCUUGUCUGAAAUACGUACAUUUUAAAAUGUACCUGUGAUUUUUAGUGUCUUUUGAGUAACAGAAAAGGAGAAUGGAAUUUUCAUAGAUACCUCAAUGUGUAGCAUUAACUACUAAUGUUGUAAAAUUACUGAAUGUGCUCCAAGUCUCAAUUUUUAUAUACAAUGUUUUACAUUCACUCGACUGAUUCUUCUUGCCAUACUGAGAUACCUUCUUUUUGUGUCUGAUGUGUGUCUGAUCUGAUCAAGUGUUUAACACGUCAAGCUUUU